UCGCAAUCCCUCUUCUCAGCAUCUUGUUGCCAUCCAUCUGCCCAUCUGCCUUUCCCGUCUCAUCUUCUCCUUCCUCUGUUCCUCCCCUACUCCCCGCUUCCCGGGCAAGAGGAAUCACAAUCGCCGAGAGAGCGACAUGGCCCCGAUUGGCGUCGGCGACACCCUCCCCGACGGCCAGCUGGGGUGGUUCGACGGGGAAGACAAGCUGCAGGAUGUCUCCGUGCACGGCCUCGCCGCCGGCAAGAAGGUCGUACUCUUCGGUGUCCCCGGUGCCUUCACCCCCACCUGCAGCAAUCAGCAUGUCCCAGGCUUCAUCAAUCAGGCUGAGCAGCUCAAAGCCAAGGGUGUAGACGAGAUCUUGCUUGUCAGUGUUAAUGACCCCUUUGUCAUGAAGGCGUGGGCAAAGACAUACCCGGACAAUAAACAUGUAAAAUUCCUUGCUGAUGGUUUGGGAACAUACACGAAGGCACUGGGUCUUGAGCUUGACCUAUCUGAGAAAGGACUUGGUAUUCGUUCGAGACGGUUUGCUCUCCUUGCUGACAACCUCAAAGUCACUGUUGCAAACAUUGAGGAAGGUGGGCAAUUCACAAUCUCUGGUGCUGACGAGAUCCUCAAGGCACUGUAAGAGCUUCAGCUCUUCGGAAUGGCAGCAAUCGCUUGGACCUCUCUUGUCAAAUCUUGUUUAAACCUGUCUGCAACGUACUUUUGCGAAUAAAAUUGUCGAUGGGCUGCCUAGUUAUACUAUUCAAGUCUGUAUCCACUGUUGAAUCAUCUAAUGUUCAGUGCUCGUGUCAAGUUAGUCUUCAGUUUAUAUCUC